CUUAGCAUGCAUAAAAAACCAUCAUCUUCUAUAUCCCACCUGCCUUCCCUUUUCCAUUCCUAUUCUUUUUCUCCAAAUUUUCUUUCUUCCUAUAUAUACAUACCAACCCUUAACCUAGCUAGUUAAGUUCUUUAAUUUACUUUUAUGUCUCUCUCCUUCAAGAAGUGUCAAACAGCAUACUAUAAUUAAUAUUAUUAUUAAGAAAGGCAGCAAAAUGAAGGAAUGUGGGAAGAAUAGCAGCUCACCAUGUGCAGCUUGCAAGUUAUUGAGAAGAAGAUGCGGGCAUGACUGUGUAUUUGCACCUUAUUUCCCUGCUGAUGAACCCCACAAGUUUGCCAAUGUUCAUAAGGUUUUUGGUGCUAGUAAUGUCAGCAAGAUGUUACAGGAACUGCCAGAGCACAAGAGGGGAGAUGCAGUGAGUAGCAUGGUGUAUGAAGCUAAUGCUAGAGUUAGAGAUCCAGUUUAUGGAUGUGUUGGGGCAAUAUCAUCUCUUCAACAACAGAUCGAUAUGCUACGAACCCAACUAGCCAUGACCCAAGCUGAGGUGGUCCAAUUAAGGCUAAGACAAUCAACAUCCAUUACUAAUAGCCCACCAAAUAGUGGGUCUCCCAUUAUGGGCUCACAGCCCAAAGGAUAUUUCGAUAUGGAUUUGGAUGCAGAACAGUCCAAUGGCUUCAAUGAGCCCAUGUGGCCAUAUUAGAUGAGUUUUGUCUUUUUCAAGUUUAAAAAUGCUGUGUCCUUUUGCCUCUA